AUGGAGAAUUCCGGCCUCGAGGGCCGUUACCGGUACACCUACACCAUGAUGACAAAUGACGAAUCUGCUCGGAAGAUAAAACGGAGAAUGGAGAAGGCUCAGCAGCGAGGAAGAGAGGGAACGAAAGAGGGAAAGAACGAACGGGCAUCAGUUGGUGGCACUGCGUCACCAAUGACGAAAAGGAGCUCGCUCGAUGAGGAAUAUCCCCCAAAUGAGACUGCGACUGCCGCCCCAAUUGGGUCCUCGUACGACGGUCGUGGCCUGUCGUGCAACCCUGCGGAGGGAAGCCACCAAGUCCCUUGCGAUGCCGCGAGGGCUGCUGGCUCGCGGUAA